AUGACCUUCAUGGGCAAAGAUGUCUUGGAGGAUAUUCAAGGGGACAUCGCUCCCAUACUUGACUAUGAAGUCAGUGACAACGACAAUCCUGAUCUUGGAAAUGUCAACAUUACCCGCGCGGAUCCGGAACAACAGCCGCUUCCAUUUCCCUCCGCCGUCAAACCAGAUUUCUUUGACAGCCUUGACGCGGGAACAAACCUCAUUUUAAAGGGGCUUCGCAAACUUGAACUUCAAAUAAGACAUGGCCACGCAGAUGACUGUCUGGAAGCUGUCCGGUCAGCCUUGAUCCAGCUGUCUUGGCAGUAUAAAUAUCAGGUUCAGACCGCCGACUCCGUCUAUAUGGGGACUUGUGCUUGGGAUGGCGUCAAGCUUUUGAAUGCUUCCUGGAAAUUGCACCGGCGACUCUACAACACAAACCGUCAGAAGAUGAUCUAUUUAUCUACUGGCGUGCAAGACAAGGAUAAUAUUCGGAAACAAUAUCCCAUUCUGCAAGUCCAUGAUUGCAAGCAUAGUAAUGCCGUGUCGGAUCCAAACAUUUGCAGAGGAAGCUCGGACCGUCUAAUCUUCAGGCUAAACUGGCUCCGCGCGCGAGCUCAGAGGAAUAGAUGGCAAGAGGAGCUGGCCUUGACAAAAAAGGAAAUGGAAUGGACUGUCAGAUUUUAUGUGUAUAUGGCAAAGACAUGGUGUGCACGGCAUGAUUUUAUUCCUGACAGAUUAACCAGUUCUUUGAACAUUCUUGUUGUAUCCCAUCUCGUUGAAUUCAUGCACUUACUGCAGCUUUUUAAACCUCCUGUCAAGGAUGAACAUCAUCUCCUUACCUAUGAUGAGCGACGUGCUCUGGCCAAAGUUCAUGUCCAUAUUUGUGGUACACGGAUCCGUGCCGGAUACCGUUUGUUCAUUGCAAACGGAGACUCUGUUUCCUCUAGUAUACAUGCCGUUUUGAACCGAACUCCCCACCAUCGAGCUAUUCUAUUUGAAUCUUUAAAUCAAAGCUGGUCAGCAUGGGAAGAUGAUGAAAUUUUAAAUCAGACCAAGAGCUGGGGAUAUUGGUGGAGGGACGGAUUUGCUGAAGGCAAUGAGUGGCAAGUUGCCUUUGUUACCGUUGAAUCGCAAGCAAGAGAAUUUUGGAACAAGGUGGUUCUGCCUGAAUACCAACAAGAGGUACUCUGGCUAAAUAAUCAGAGGAAAGAAGCUAAGGAGGGUGCAAAUUCAUCCACCUCUGGGCCUCCAAAAAAUCAAGAAAACAAUCCCAAGGGCAAGGGAAAGGCGGCUGAACAGACAUCCGUCCCCAUCUCGGGGAAGCACGGAUCCGCGUUCAUGGGGAAGCAUGGCUCUGCGUUUUCACCGCCCACGGGGAAACCCAAUCCGCCGACCCUUGUUGCAAACACGCGGGAUGAAACAUCCCCGAUUGCAAUUUCUGACCACAGACCGCCCUACUGUCCCCGCUGCGGUCAGCCUAUCCUAACGGGCGUAAUGAGGGAGUUGGCUUACCUGCGCCGGAAUGUGGCGGACAAAAUAAAGAAUGCCCAUAAAGCAGUGACUACUUCUUUGGCCACCUUGGGCAGAUAUUCUGUAUUGGAGAAGAUGUGGAUUGACUCUAAGGAGCACCUGUUCUCUAACGGCAAAGGGCUUUCAGCCAAAUACAAAUUUCAGCAUCCCGUUCACCCUUCUCCUGACAGUUGGGGAGCUAUAAUGGCUCAAGCCCGGUCCUUCAAGGUCUCAAAGCUCAAGGUCACUUUAUUUUACAUCAACAACAUUUUUUAUUCUUUUAUUGCCGUCAAGGAACUACCUUUUCAUCCACUCUGGUAUCAUUUGCCACCCUCCAACACUGCAAAUAUUCAUCUCCCAACAGAUACUCUGCCUACGCCCGGUUCCGUCAGCCCUCCGUCAAAUGCACACACCAGCAACACCUUCCUUUUUAACGCAAGGUCAAGACCUGUUUUCCCGGUAGAAGAGGAUGAUAAUGAUAGUACAUCCGAUACCACUGAAUCCUCUACACCAGCUACGUUUUUAGAGCAUCUCGCACAGGACUUUAAAGAGGAGGCGGAUGAGGAGUCUUCCGCCAGUAAUACGACAGAGGAGUCAGAUGCUUCCGGUAACUCGGAAGAGCUUAGCAAAGACGUGUCGGAAACACCCUGGGAUGAGGAAUCUUAG